GCGACGUCAGCUGUGGCCCCGGAACUACUUGUGCUGAGCUUCGUUGUCGGUAGAACGUGUGCGAGAUUUGUGGUGGUUGUUGGAGAAAUUGUUAUCAUCAUUAUUAAUAAUAAUAAUUUCUCGGCUCUUUCACGGUUUUCGUCCGGCUGCUUCGUUCUCGCCGGAGGGACAGGUAUCGCGAGAACUGUGUUCUGAGCCUGGAAAAGCCGCGGCAUGUCAGACAACGAGGAUAAUUUUGACGGAGAUGAUUUUGAUGAUGUUGAGGAAGAUGAGGGACUGGAUGAUCUGGAAAACGCCGAGGAGGAGGGUCAAGAAAAUGUGGAAAUCCUGCCAUCUGGAGAACGCCAGCAAGCAAAUCAGAAGCGAAUCACCACUCCUUAUAUGACCAAAUAUGAGCGGGCCAGAGUUCUUGGUACGCGUGCCCUCCAGAUAGCGAUGUGUGCCCCAGUGAUGGUAGAGCUAGAAGGAGAGACAGACCCAUUGCUGAUUGCAAUGAAAGAACUCAAAGCUCGGAAGAUUCCCAUAAUUAUCCGCAGAUACCUGCCAGAUGGAAGCUAUGAAGACUGGGGUGUGGAUGAGCUAAUUAUCACAGACUGAUCAGCGUUCCUUCUGUGCUCCAUUUCCAGUUUGACUACAGAUGUUUAUAUUUUUGAGUAAAUAAAUAGUGAAAUCCCAUGACAAAUGCUAUGUUGCUUGCUCUUCCCUCUCAGAACUUAAUUCUGUGGAGAGGCCAAAGUCUUCUUUCUUUCUUUCUUUCUUUCUUUCUUUCUUUCUUUCUUUCUUUCUUUCU